AUGUCUACACAGCAGCAGUCAUAUACAAUUUGGUCUCCACAAGAUACUGUCAAGGAUGUUGCCGAAUCGCUUGGGUUAGAAAAUAUAAAUGAUGAUGUCUUGAAAGCGCUUGCUAUGGACGUGGAAUACCGUAUUUUAGAGAUCAUUGAACAGGCAGUUAAAUUUAAGAGGCAUUCUAAAAGAGAUGUACUCACUACAGAUGAUGUAUCGAAGGCGCUACGUGUUUUGAACGUGGAACCUUUAUAUGGAUAUUAUGACGGCUCCGAGGUUAAUAGAGCUGUAUCGUUUAGCAAAGUUAAUACAUCUGGAGGACAAUCAGUCUACUAUUUGGACGAAGAAGAGGUGGACUUUGAUAAGCUAAUAAAUGAGCCAUUACCUCAAGUACCCCGUCUACCAACUUUUACCACGCAUUGGCUGGCUGUUGAAGGUGUUCAACCUGCUAUAAUCCAAAAUCCAAAUUUGAACGAUAUAAGAGUAUCUCAACCACCGUUUAUUAGGGGCGCCAUUGUCACUGCUUUGAAUGAUAAUAGCUUUCAAACACCUGCGUCGUCUUCGGCAGCAAAUGCUUCCGUGGCGGAUACCAGUGCCUCUCAACAUCUUUCUAACGUUAAACCAGGACAGAAUACCGAGGUUAAACCACUAGUAAAACAUGUACUAUCCAAAGAGUUACAGAUUUAUUUCAAUAAAGUUGUUUCAACUUUGACCGCAAAGAACCAAACCGAUGAAAACGCACAGCAUAUGAAACAAGCUGCUUUGACCUCUUUAAGGACUGACAGCGGCUUGCACCAACUGGUUCCAUAUUUUAUUCAAUUUAUUGCCGAACAAAUCACACAAAACCUUUCCGACCUGCAAUUGCUGACGACGAUUCUGGAAAUGAUUUACUCUUUACUAAGUAAUUCUUCAAUUUUCUUAGAUCCUUAUAUUCAUUCAUUAAUGCCUUCCAUUUUAACGUUGCUAUUAGCAAAAAAGCUUGGUGGAUCGCCAAAAGAUGACUCGCCGCAAGAAACCCAUGAAUUUUUGGAAAGAACAAAUGCACUACGUGAUUUUGCUGCGUCUUUGCUAGAUUACGUUUUGAAAAAAUUUCCUCAAGCUUACAAAUCCCUGAAGCCAAGAGUAACCAGAACAUUAUUGAAGACAUUUCUGGACAUCAAUCGUGUUUUUGGAACCUAUUACGGGUGCUUAAAAGGUGUAUCAGUUCUAGAAGGUGAAUCUAUCAGAUUUUUCUUAGGAAACCUGAAUAAUUGGGCGCGUUUAGUAUUUAGUGAAAGCGGAACAACGUUAGAUAAUAUAGAAGAAUAUUUGAAAGAUGAAACCAAUUCGACUAGAACAAAAUUCACCAAGGAGGAGACUCAUAUUUUGGUAGAGACUGUGAUUAGUGCAUUAUUGGUUUUAAAGAAGGAUUUGCCUGAUUUGUAUGAAGGUAAAGGUGAAGAAGUCACGGAUGAAGAUAAGGAAAAGUUAGUAGAAAGGUGUGGUGUCACCAUUGGGUAUUAUAUCUUAAAAAGAGAUGAUGCAAAAGAUUUAAUUAGCGCAGUUUUCUUUGGCGAGUAA